ACUGCCCUCAAGUUCAAUCAGCUUUAGCCAGCAAGUCCUGUGUCCUUAUUUAGGGCCCAAGCCGUUUAACAUCUUUUGGAGGACACAACCUUGGUUAAACCAUCGAUAAGGGCCGGCCAGAAAGACCACACAGAGGCCGCAACCCAGUCCAGGAUUCUGAGAGUCCCGUCCGGCAAGUAAAAUACGGUUGGAGCGGGGACCGGGAACGGCGACCUUCAUAUUAAAUAAUACAUGUACAUACCUUAGCGUGCGUACGGGGCCAGUGUGCGUGCGUUUGUGUGUGUGCGCGCGGUCGUGUGUGGGUGCAUUGGGAAGUCCAAAAAGAUUUCAAAUUAAAAUAAGAGACAAAUACAGCAAACGCAUUUUGAAUGCAAGUUAUUCUGCCGCAAGGCUAAGGAGAGACCCAAAAAAAAAGAAGGACAUCGCAAUAAGGUAAAAUGCAGCACACGCUCCUUGCUGCAUGCGGACGUGGGUGGCACAGCGGCGCACUCUAAACGCAAGCGCAGACCAGUAGCCGAGCAAAAAUAGCAAACAUCCCACAGUCAGAGUCACGGCCACGGCCACGGCCAAUGCGAAGGUGAAGCCAACAACACCAUCACGAGGAGCGACACUGAACACCGAACAGCGAACACCCGACACCCAAGGAGAACCGAGCAUUGCAGAGACGAAGGACAAGAGGAGGUUCAGGGUCAUGGUCAAGCAGCUGUAGAGCCAGAGAUUGCGACCAUGACGAGUGAAUCGUCAACAGAUAGCGACAGCGAGCUGUACGACCCGCUGGCCGAGGAGCUGCUCAAUGUGCAGCUGGUCAAGCACGUCACCAGGGAGAACAUCGAUGCCCUGAACGCCAAGUUUGCCAAUCUCCAAGAGCCGCCGGCCAUGUACUUAACAGAAUACCAGGAACUAACGUCGAAGCUGCAUGAGCUGGAGGCCAAGGAGCACGAGCUGAUGGAGCAGCUAAAUGCGUUGCAGCAGGAGGACGAUGGCAGUCAGAGUGCGGCGGAUAUACAGCAGCAGCAGCAGCAGCAGCAGCGCAACUUAGCGGAUCAGCCGCACUACCAGAACCAGACGCAGAUACUCCAGCAGCAGCGGCAGCUGGCGCGAGGUCCCUUGGGCUACCAUGGCAGCGACUUGACCGACAGCCUAAUGUCGAACCCGGGCUCCGGGAGCACCAGCCAGUGCGGCACGCUCACACGCCAGCCAAAGAUCCUGCUGCGGGCCCAUCUGCCCAACCAGCAGCGCACCUCGGUCGAAGUGGUGUCCGGCGUGCGACUCUGCGAUGCUCUGAUGAAGGCGCUGAAGUUGCGCCAGCUGACGCCGGACAUGUGCGAGGUGAGCACAUCGCAUAGCGGUCGACAUAUCAUACCGUGGAACACGGACAUCGGCACGCUGCAUGUGGAGGAGAUAUUUGUGCGACUGCUGGACAAGUUCCCCAUUCGGACGCACACGCAGCAUCAGAUCAUACGCAAGACAUUCUUCUCGCUGGUCUUCUGCGAGGGCUGCCGGCGGCUACUCUUCAGCGGGUUCUAUUGCAGUCAGUGCAACUUUCGCUUCCAUCAGCGGUGCGCGUCCCUGGUGCCGAUGCUGUGCCAGCCCUUCCCCAUGGACAGCUAUUACCAGCGACUGCUGGCCGAGAACCCGGACAACGCUCUUGGGUUUCCCGGACGCGGCUCGGCCGUCCGAUUCAACGUGAGUAGCCGCAGCCGAAGCCGGCGAUGCAGCAGCAGCGGGAGCAGCAACAGCUCUAAACCUUCUGCAAACAAUCGACAGGGCCGGCCGCCUCGCAUUAGCCAGGAUGACCGCUCCAAUUCCGCUCCCAAUGUGUGCAUCAAUAACAUCCGAUCGGUCACCACUGAGGUUCAGCGCAGCCUCAUAAUGCACGCUAGGCCACCAUUGCCGCAUCCAUGCACGGAUCAUUCGAACUCGACCCAGGCCUCGCCCACGAGCACUCUCAAGCAUAAUCGACCACGUGCCCGGUCCGCCGACGAGAGCAACAAGAAUCUGCUGUCACGUGAAGACAAGAGCUCCGAGGAGAAUUGGAACAUUAAAGCGGAGGAGAUUCUAAUUGGACCGCGUAUUGGCUCCGGGUCUUUUGGUACCGUUUAUCGUGCCCAUUGGCAUGGACCCGUUGCCGUCAAGACCCUCAACGUUAAGACGCCCAGUCCCACCCAGUUGCAGGCCUUCAAGAACGAGGUGGCCAUGCUGAAGAAGACGCGCCACUGCAACAUUCUGCUCUUCAUGGGCUGCGUCUCGAAGCCAUCGUUGGCGAUUGUCACCCAAUGGUGCGAGGGCAGCAGCCUCUACAAGCAUGUCCACGUGAGCGAGACAAAGUUUAAGCUUAACACGCUCAUUGACAUUGGCCGGCAAGUGGCCCAGGGCAUGGACUAUCUCCAUGCCAAGAACAUCAUACACAGAGACCUGAAAUCGAACAACAUUUUCCUCCACGAGGAUCUGUCGGUGAAGAUUGGCGAUUUCGGACUGGCCACAGCGAAGACCAGAUGGUCGGGCGAGAAGCAGGCCAACCAGCCGACGGGCAGCAUUCUAUGGAUGGCGCCUGAGGUGAUACGGAUGCAGGAGCUAAAUCCGUACUCCUUUCAGUCGGACGUGUACGCCUUCGGCAUUGUGAUGUAUGAGCUGCUGGCCGAGUGCCUGCCCUACGGCCACAUCAGCAACAAGGAUCAGAUUCUGUUUAUGGUGGGGCGCGGUCUGCUGCGGCCAGACAUGAGCCAGGUGCGCUCCGACUCGCCGCAGGCGCUGAAACGCCUGGCCGAGGACUGCAUCAAGUACACGCCCAAGGACAGACCGCUCUUCCGCCCACUGCUCAACAUGCUCGAGAAUAUGUUGCGCACGCUGCCGAAGAUCCACCACAGCGCCAGCGAGCCCAAUUUGACGCAGUCCCAGCUGCAGAACGACGACUUCCUCUAUCUGCCCAGCCCCAAGACGCCGGUGAACUUCAACAAUUUCCAGUUCUUCGGCAGCGCUGGCAACAUCUAAUCCAAUUUGGGGAUCGCAACGAGCAACGAGGCGUCGCUGCUGUACCUGUACUUACACGAACCCUGAAAAAUUCCCCUAAAGCUACGAUAAAAGGGGAAUGCCUAAUUCAAAGUGAUCUUUAACUGUUUGUUCAGCUGUUUUUUUUCCUGUACAUAACUCGUCCUGUGUGAGCGAGAGACGGAAAGCGGGGCGAAUCAGAGGGAGACGGCGACAGAGAAUACAAAGGACGGACGGCAAAAGACAUUGAAUCGGAAGGAGACAAAAGACGAGUGACCUGACCGAGUGACAUGACGAGUGGAGAGUGCGUUGUGUCUCUCCCGCGCAUGAUGACUGGUGGACGGACAAACAAUUUCAACAAAAUGUACCUCUCUCUGUGCUGCUUCUGCUUAAUCUUCCAAAACAACGCCCCUACCCCACAAAAACUGAUAAAACGUGCAUUUCUGUUACUGUUAACUGCAACGCCCAUGUGUACAUACCUUGCAAACAUAAUUUAUAAAUGUUAGGCCCCCACCCCCCCAACCACAAACUAAACUAAAACUAAAACUAAAACUAAAUACUAUGUAAACUAGCUGAUCUAAUAGCGAUUACAUUAAACACAUAAUACAUACAA